AUGGCUCACAUUGGCGCAACGGCGGCGGCACCCGAGGUCGGCGGCGGCUUGGUCGCCGACGGCUCGUCCAAGGACGACUCCAGAGUUUCUAGUAGGGUUCAAAUCGAUAAGAUUAAGACCCUACCUUUUGAACAUAAUUGUCCAACCACAAAGCUUGUUGUAAACAAAAAGGCUUCUCAAGACUGGGUGUCAGAUAGACUGAAAGACUGGUUGAAGAAGAAUCCAAGCAAGCGUCCAAAGGCAGCAAAGGAGAAGGUUGAGGGAGAUUAUGGAAUAAAGCUCAAGUACAGCAAGCUAUAUUCUGGCGUGCAGCAAGCACUGCAGCAUAUUCAUGGUAAAUACGAAGAGUCAUUCAAAUUGCUAUUUAAUUGGAAAGCUCAGAUGGAGAUAACUUGUCCAGGAAGUAUUGUAGAGAUAGAUGUGGAGAAAGUAGGCAAGAAAAUGAGGUUUAAGAGGAUAUUUGUAGCUCUCAAACCAUGUGUGGAUGGGUUUAUAGCUGGUUGUAGGCCAUUCAUUGGUGUAGAUGCCUCAAGUCUAAAUGGUAAGUACACAGGACAGUUGGCAUCUGCUACAGGGGUUGAUGGACAUAACUGGUUAUAUUACAUUGCUUAUGGUAUUUUUGACUGUGAAAAUGAGGACAACUGGAAGUGGUUUAUGCAUCAGUGGAGAAGGGCUGUUGGGAGCCCAAAAGGACUAGUGAUUUGUACUGAUGCAUGUAAGGGCUUGGAGAAAGCAGUUGGUGCAAUCUUUCCUGAGGCUGAGUACAGAGAGUGCAUGAGGCAUUUAUAUUCCAACUUUAUGAAGCACUACGCAGGUGAAGUUUUCUCAAAGCUCAAGAAGGCUGCAAGUGCUCCUGAAGCAAGAGUGGUGAGAAGCCUCGAGAGUUGGCUCGGCGUGGAGUAG